ACAGACUCACGCCCCAUCACCGAAAUCAAUACAACAAAACAAGAACAAAGCGCACACACAGCGCACCUCGAGCUUAUACACGCCUACAAGGCAAUCGGCACAUUUGCCUUCAGAACAACCUCCUCCGCCCGCCUGAAAUUCGCGCUGCACCGGCAGCACCAACACCGCCAAGAUGGGUUCAGGCGACUUGAAUAUGAAGAAGAGCUGGCAUCCCCAACGAUCAGGGAAUGUCGCGGCAACACACAAGGCCGAGGCCGAAGCAAUCGCCGAACGGAAGAAGCUACAGCAGCGUCUACAGGAGAUUGAGGAGGAGCGGAAGAAGGAGGAAAUUCAGAAGGCGCUCGAAGCCGCCGGCGGGAAGCCCAGGCUACAGCGGGUGGAAUGGAUGUACUCUGGUCCGACCGACGGCCAAGCGGGCGACGCGGCCGAAAACGAAUCCUACCUUCUCGGCAAACGGCGAAUCGACAAGCUCCUCCAGGACAACGACGUCAAGAAGUUGUCGAAGCAACCGAGCCAAGAUGCCCUCGAAGCGGCGCCGGUUGCCGCUCUUGCUAACCCCCGGGAUGUAGCGACAAAGAUCAGGGAAGAUCCCUUGCUCGCGAUCAAGCGGCAAGAGCAGCAGGCGUACGAGGCAAUGAUGAACGACCCUAUUCGGAGGCGGCAGCUACUAGCAUCGAUGGGCAUCGAUGAUGCACAGGACAAGGCCAAGCGGAAAGAGGAGAGACGGCACAAGCACCGCCACUCACACCGAUCGCGCCGUCACCAUGAUGACCGAGACGGAGAGAGACACUCUCGCCGGCGCAGGUCAGACUCGAGGGAUAGGUCACGGAGUCCAAGGAGAUACGAUUCAGAGGAGGAGGACCGGCGGAGGAGGAGAAGAGACUCUCGUGAUCGGAAGCGGGACAGGUCGGGGUCUGCGGACUCACGAGAUAGGAGAGACAGGCGAGAUAGGCGUGGCGAUCGGGAACGGAGAAGCAGCCGGGAUAGGAGGGAUAGGCGGAGCAGGAGUCAGGAAAAUGGGCAUCGAGAUGGUCGGUCUAGGGCGGAAUCCCGAUCGCCAUCCCCAGCGCCGCACCGGAGGGAGUAUUCCCCACACAACGACGACCGGAGAAGAAGAGGCCAAUCGUCAGAACGCCCCGAGCCAUCGCGAAGACACAACGAGGAUGGCAACGGGUUCCGCAACGGCGGCUCCCACGACUCGCGCCGGAACCGCGACAACCGUCGCGACCGCCCUCCACCGAGACAAGCCGACCGCCCGCCACGGAACGCCGACGCAAACAGCGACAAAGCCGCGGAGGAGCGUGCGCGCAAGCUCGCUGCCAUGCAGGAAGCCGCCACGGACCUCGACAAGGACCGCGAGCACCGGCUCGCCCUCUUGGCAGAACAGGAGCGGGCGGCGCAGGAGACGGACGACCGAGUGCGGCAGCGCAACAAGCGGUUCGGCGGCGACGCGGGGUUCAUGAAUCAGCUCCACAGCAGGGCGGCCGAGUUGAAGGUGGCGGAUCGCGUGGGCAAGCGGUAGGGCCGGACCGCGGGGCUUGGGAUAAGACGGAUGGUCUCAUGUCGGUCGACGGAUACGAGCUGUGGUGCGGACAACAUGGGUUUCGGGUCUCGAGACCGCAGACCCUGGGCGUACGGUCUGUACGUCCGUAUUACGGAACCUUAUCCCCGGGUGUGACAUUGUUUCUGCUGUAAAAACCGGGACUGAGAGCGUAUUUUGCCGUUUCGGGACGUUCUAGCCUUGAAUCCGGAACUCUGGGAAACUUUGAUCGCCUGGUGUGCAGUGCAGAUCAACAGCGAGAUCUUGAAGUGCGAACUUGGACGUGGGUUGGUUGGUGAGCGCGGUGUUGCAUUCGGCUGCGCGCGUUACGAAUACUUGUACCAAUCUUGGCUCAUCGAGAUGGUCUCGAGGUGGUGUCGAAGGCUUUCUCAAAACUCGUAUUAUAAAAACAUGUGUAAUAACACAUCAGAACCUAUCCAACAACUUCAAUAGCAUGACAUGAUGUGAUAUACUUUCCUGC